AUAGAUAAGAAAAAGAAUUGGGCUUUGAAAAGCUUUAUCAGUUUAUAUUGGCACUUCUUUUUUCUAUUUACAUUCAUAUACUAUCAGAUAUUUAUUAUUCAAAAUCUUAGCUUUUGUGUAAAGAGGGAAUAAAGUUGGUCGAUUUGUAGGUUUUGCGGUGCCAAGCGUUUUAAGUUGCUUGGCACAGCUUAUUAAGUUUUGGGGGAGUUGGGGGGGAGUGGAGCAGUAGAUAUCUAGAAAGUCUAUAAGUGUCCUAUGCUUUCACAACUUCUAAUUGGGACCCCAGACUUAGAUGGACAGUUCCUCUCCAGAAGAAAGCAUUGAGCAAACUGACCAAUACCCAUUGCUAAUGGAACGAGUGGAAAGCCAUAGUGAUCAAGAGCAUAUCAUUGACAUAACAAGACAUGAUGAUGCUUCAUCAAGCUCAUCUCGGGAUGAGCAACCUUCUGGAGUGAACUUAACACAAAGUGAAGAUAGACCUUCAAGCAGCUCACAAGCUCCCACUAAUCAGACUUCUUCCUCAAACAGAUUAAACUCUAGGAAUUCAUCAUUUAUGAGGAGAAGUGAUGGGUAUGGUAGACGCCGCAGAAGCCCUUUAAAUUCUGUAUUAUGGAUUUCUGUUGAGUUAGUUGUCACUGUUAGUCAGAUUAUAGCAUCUAUCGUUGUUCUGUUGUUGUCAAGAAAUGAAAAGCCACAAGCUCCAUUAUUUGCAUGGAUUGUUGGUUAUGCAUCUGGUUGUGUUGCAACGCUUCCUAUUCUUUAUUGGCGCUUUCGUAACCGCAACCGGGGUAUUGAGCAAGAUUCGACACACUUGCGUCAAGGUUCUUCUCAUGGCAAUCCCAGUGAUUCUACACCUUAUACUGCUAUCUCAGUUACUCAAGCUUCAGAUGAGGAGAAUAAUCGCUUCUCUGAAUCAGCAACAAGGAACACUCUGAUUGGAGGAACCUUAAGUACAAGGCUCAAUGGAUUAGUAGACCAUUUCAAGAUGGCCCUAGAUUGUUUUUUUGCUGUGUGGUUUGUCGUGGGCAAUGUGUGGAUAUUUGGAGGUCACACAUCUCCUUCUGAUGCUCCUAAAUUGUACAGGUUAUGUAUAGUGUUCCUUACUUUUAGCUGUAUCGGAUAUGCCAUGCCAUUCAUACUAUGUGCAACAAUUUGUUGCUGCUUGCCUUGCAUAAUUUCUGUCCUUGGUUAUCGGGAGGAUUUUUCACAAACUAGAGGAGCCACCAUGGAAUCUAUAAAUGCUUUGCCGACCUACAAGUUUAAAUCAAAGAAAACUGGAAAUGUUAAUGAUCAGGGUGAAGGUGGAGUCCUGGCAGCAGGGACGGCAAAGGAACGUGUGAUAUCAGGAGAAGAUGCAUCUUGUUGUAUUUGCUUGGCAAAAUAUGCAGACAAUGACGAGCUGAGGGAGCUGCCGUGCAUCCAUGUCUUCCAUGUCGAGUGUGUAGAUAAAUGGUUGAAAAUUAAUGCAUCUUGCCCCCUUUGUAAAAGUGAGGUUGGUGAGAGCAGCAGCAGUGCUUCACCAUUGGCUAGAGACUCAAAUUAACAUCAUAGGAAAAGGAUGGACAAAGGAAUCAGUUGAAGAUGGGACAAAGACAAUGUCUUAAUGUUUUGGUGCUCAUCUCCUGGCUGCUGUAUCAAACUUUGUGAUCGUUAACUUGAUAUGCAACAUCCUUGAAGAGCUUUUACUUUGUUCUUACAGAUUGUUGCAUUUAAGCUCUGAGUCAAGCCUCACACUCAGCAAAGUGACUGUGCCCCAUGCACCAGAAACAAAUAUGGAGUUAUUCUGUUAUCAAAAAAUUUGAAGUGCUAUACUAUAUACGAGAUUGUUUCUUCAACCUACCACUCGUACUUUAUUUCCCUGCACUGUUUAUAUAGCUCUCUUCUUGCCAUGGAAUUGUUUUUGAUUUGCUACUGUUCUUGACUAUUUCAUCUGCUCUUUACCAUGUUGUAAGUAAACAUGAACGUCUUAUAUUUAUUCGGAAUGUUUACAGCUGAAGUU